AUGGAUGUGCACCAAAAUCGAGACGUAGUUGAGAAUCCAAGCAUCAAUAGCAACAACAACAGCCCUAUAAAUAGCUCUUCUGGUAAUUCUCCUCCUCCGACCAACAAUGAGAAUCUUCAUCAUCAUGUUCAUGAUGAUAAUGAUGAUGAUCAGCAGCCAACCACCAAAUAUUGUGAGCAAGUGUCUAAAUACCUUCCAGGGUUUAGAUUUAAUCCAAAAGAUGAAGAACUUGUUGAUUUUUACCUUAAGAAAAAGGUAGCCAAUGAACAGCUUCCAUCAAACGUUGUCAUUGACGUUGAACUCUAUAAGUUCAAUCCUGAGUAUCUUGCAGAAAACCACAAACCACGAGGAGAAAACCAGUGGUUCUUUUUCACACCAAGAGAUCGAAAAUACCCAAAUGGGGAGCGUCCAAACCGGGCGGCUGGAAGUGGUUAUUGGAAGGCUACUGGAGCCGACAGACCAGUGGUGUCCAAUGAAGAUAAAAUUGGAUUCAGGAAGGCUUUGGUGUUCUACCAAGGAAAAGCUCCUAAUGGUGUCAAAACUGAUUGGAUAAUGCAUGAAUACAGAUUGAAUCAGCCUUCCAAGAGAAAAAGGAUUGGCAAUGACAUGAGGCUGGAUGACUGGGUUCUAUGCAGAAUAUAUAAGAAACCUAACAAGAGUCCAUCAAAGAAUGAAAGGAAAGUAGAGGAGAAUCAUCAUGGAGUACAUGAACGCCAUGCAAAGAAGUCUAUUAGUGAUACAAGUUUAAUUACUUCCUCUCCCAGUGAGGACUACAAUGAAGCUUUAAUCCCCUCCUCCAGCCAGAACCAUAAUAGUAACAAUAACAAUAAUGCCUAUGAUCAUCGUCAUAUGAUCAACCCUAACCCUCGUUAUCCAGAGUUGCAAAGGAUAAAUAUUCAUCAAAAUCCUAAUUUCAUGGAACGCCAGCCUCCACGUAUUCCUCCUCUUCCCCCUGCCACUUAUUUCCAGCAGCAUCAUCAAGAUUUGACCAAUCCUAAUCCUGGUUUGACUAUGGAUGAAAAUGCUUUUAGGGGGUUAGAACCACUAUCAUCAUCCUUGUAUCACUCUACAGGAAUCAAAUCCGAAGAUGACAGUAGUUUUGGGUAUCAUUAUCAACACGAUGAUGCAUAUGGUACUGUACCAAGCUUGCUCUACGGCUACAACUAUGGGUUUUCGCCGAACAUGGACACUAGUUUAGACCAUUCGGUUAUGAGGAUGGACAAUACGGAUAAUGUUAUAGACUCUUUCACGUCCCAUCGACAAGUUUAA